UAAUCAGAUCCAUCAGGUGUCCAUAUUAAUAAAUUGGCAGCUGGAGUCUCCAUUCCACGAUAGGGGAUUUCAAGUGCCUGACCGUGGAAUUUGGCUCGAGAACUACUACGUUCCACGCGUCGUUUUGGAAAUCCACGGUUUGGAUGUCAUUUCCAUGAUAGUGGAUUCUGAUCGUGGAUUUCGGCAUCGAGGCUUCUAAGCUGCAACUAGGGAAUUUGGUUCAUUAGCCGGUCAAGUUCUAAAAUAGAGAGAGAACCCUAGAGAGAGAAAAUGUCGAAAAACAACCUUGGGAAACUGUUGGAGCGAUCUAAGGACAUGGAAGCUCGGUCUUUCACCCUCAGAGUGUUGCUUUCUAGCCUGGAGCAUACUCUCAUCCCUCACAUGAUGAUUUCUCUCCCAAGCUUUGUGAUUUCUCUUCUCUCCAUGGAGUAAACUCUCUUUUCAUAUAGGUAUGAAGAGUCCAGUCUUGUAAGAUAGGAAUGGAUGUAUGAACCCAGUUUUAAGAACGAUUUAUUCGAUAUAUUCCAUUGAGGCAUAAUCAAAACUGCAUUAGUUUUUAUCAAACUUUUGUAAUCCUGCUUUGACCUAGAACGAUAUUCUCUGCAUAGGUUAAUAGAGCAACCUUGAUUGGAAGUAGUGGAUCGAUUACUUUAGUCGAGAAAUUGAUUCACUACUCUGUAUUGGAAUUGAAACCAGUAAUGGAAGUUUUGUGUGUUAUUGCCUUGGUUAGUUUACGCCGCUAGAAGUUAGUCGCCUGUCGGGUAUUCGAACUGAGAGGGCCUGGAAUUCUUUAGUCGAGUUUCCAGACUUGUCAAGAACUUUCCGCGGUAUAUCUAUCAAUUUGAACGAAUUGGGGAAUUAUAAUCUGAAUUGACUACAGACUAGGGGGACUCAUAUGUGGAUGACCUUUUGCAUACUUGAAACCAGAACAUUUCCUACUUUCUGUUUAAUUUACUUUUGAACUCUUCACUCGAACUAAACAGCUAAAUAAUAGAUAUUCACGAGUAGACAUUAAAUCUAGGACCUGGGUUGACAAGGAAAACUGAACCCACUAUACUCCAUUUCAGGACUGCGAUUACACUUGAUCAUAGUUUAGUGUUGUGUUUUAGCGAGCCAAGUUUUUUGCGCCGUUGCCGGGGAGAGAGAACUCUAGAGAGAGAAAGUGAUGAAGAACAACCUUGGUUAUGGAUUGGAGUGAUCUAAGGACAUUGGAUCACGAUCUUUCACCCUCGGAGUACUGAUUUCUAGCCUGGAGCAGAUUCUCAUCCCUCACAUGAUGAUUUCUCUUCCAAACUUUGCGAUUUCUCUUCUCUCAAUGGAGGAAACUCCCUUUUCAUUUGGGUAUGAAGAACUCUAGUUUUGUAUGUUAAGAAUUGCUGUAUGAACCCAGUUUUUUGAAUGAUUGAUUCGAUAUAUUCAAUUGUGGAACUAAACAGAAUUGCAUGAGUCCUGAUCAAACUUCUGUGUUUCCUACUUUGACCUAGAACGAUAGUCUCUGCAUAGGUUAAUAGGGGCAAGCUCUUCCUCACCAGCUGGGCGCAGCCCCAGCUGCCCCAGUAUAGCGUGAUCCAAUGGCUAAGCUGCGAGACUUAGUGGGUUCUCUUGCCAGUUCCAGCUCCCAGAAAUUUAGUAAUAUCGAGCAGUUCAUGGAGAAGGCCUCGGGAAUGUUCAUGGAGUUUGAAGCUGGUCAGAGGAACACACAGGCUAUUCUGCAGGAUAUACAGACCCAACUUGGGAGUGUGGCUAAAAUCGUGGCACAAAGGGCUCCGAGUACCUUACCUGGUCAUACCAUACCUAAUCCCUGAGACCCAAAUGCCCACUGCAAUGUAGUUACUACCUGGAGCGGGGAGGUGACUAUGGAGAUCCCUAUCCAUGCUAGACAGGGGGGAAGAGAGACCUACUUCAGCACUUCCAGCAGAGGAGAAAGAAUUGGAGAAGGAGAGAGAGGUACCUGCUCCUAAGCCACAACCAGUGGUGAAAGAGUAUGUCCCUCAACUCCCCUUCCCUACUUGGUUGCACAAAGACCUUUUUAGUAAUUUCAACGAUCAACCCUUGUAACUUAUCCGAAAUAUUUUUGAAAGAUAAGUUAAAUUUUUGCAUUUAAUAUAACGACACAACCGUCCAAAUCUACUUAGUCACUUAGCUAUAGGAAUUUCACAAUAGACAAUACUGAUGAGA